GGAUACUAAUAAAAUUCAAUUUACUGUGUUCCGAAGGAAUAGAGGGGUUUGGUGUUAGGGUUUUGGAUUGAAGUUUGAAGAGGAACAAUGGAAGAUACGCCAACACCUUCAACUGCAUUGGCCUACCUUAAUCCUUCCUACUGGGAUGAGAGAUUCUCGAAGGAGGAAGAAUACGAGUGGUUCAAGGAUUACUCCCAUUUUUGCCACUUGAUUCAACCCCAUCUCACGCCCCAUUCCACUGUCCUGGAGCUUGGAUGUGGAAACUCACAAAUGUGUGAACAAUUGCAUAAGGAUGGCACGACCAACAUAACUUGCAUUGAUCUUUCACAUGUUGCGGUUCAAAACAUGCAAAAGAGGUUACUCUCCCGGGGAUUCAAAGACAUAAAAGUGCUGCAAGCUGAUAUGCUAGAGCUACCUUUUGGGGAUGAGUGUUUUGAUUUGGUUAUUGAGAAAGGAACUAUGGAUGUAUUGUUCGUGGACAGUGGUGACCCAUGGAAUCCAAAGCCUGAAACUUUAUCCAAGGUCAUGGCCACUUUGAAAGGUGUUCACAGGGUUUUGAAAGCUGGUGGCACAUUUAUUUCAGUAACUUUUGGCCAGCCACAUUUCAGGCGCCCUAUAUUUAACGCACCAGAUUUCACCUGGUCUAUUGAGUGGACUACUUUUGGUGAAACCUUUCACUAUUUUGUCUACAUUCUUAAGAAGGGACAGAGAUCGUCAUAUGAUGAUGUGCCACCUACAAAGGGGUUUGAAGCGCCGUCUAUUAAUCUACUUCAUGAAGAAUUAGAAAGUGAAGAUUUUGCUUUCCGAAUCAAUGUUGAAGAGUUGAACUAUUAGUUUGUAUUGCAUUAGGAUUUUGUCACCCAUUUCAAUUUAUUUUUCUUAGCGCAAAUUUAAUUUCCUUGCUUCAAAGGAUGAGUGCAAUUAUCAUAACAGUGGAUUAAACAAUGUAAUGAGGCUCCAAAAUUGUAAUUCUAGUUUGUUGUAAAGUCAAUGAAAGCAACUCAAGUUGCCAAGGCUGGCA